UGCGUACGCCAUAUUGUUUACAUUUAGAGAUUUUUUUGCAUGAUGAAUUUUUAUUAAAUUAUCCAUUUUACAAUUCUUAAAAAUGGAUAAUUAUGUGUUUAGGAGCAGUAGUGAAUUAAAACCUAACUUGGAAUUGGUUACGCAGAUUUGUCGAUGUUGUUUAUCGACAGAACGGCGUAUGGAAGAUGUAACUCGAUUCAGUUCACAUUUUAUGGAGUUGGCGGGUAUAAAUGUUUUAGAAUCAGACGGUCUCCCGCAGUGGGUCUGCUACGAGUGUGCCACGCUGCUGCGGAAGGCACUCCGGAUACGGCAGAAGAUGCUCAAAGCACACAAUCUGUUGUACGAGUACCUCACCCGAUGUGCUCCGUUCCCCAUAGACGCCCAGGACCCGGAGCUGGCUAAGUACGCCAGCCCCCACUUAUGCGCCACGCCCACACUCACCUGCGACAAUGGGAAACCAAAGCUGGGAUACCAUAAGCUAUUACAGCACAAGAAACAAAGUCUGAAGUCUGCGCUGGAGCUGCUGGGUCUACCGGCGAUCAGCAAACAUGAGGAGUCGGAGGGAGUGAAAGAGGAGACUGGCUUCUCAGACUACGAGGACAACAUCACCUUGGAGGAGUAUCGAACGAACGUAACAAAACUGACAGAAGAAGACGUGAAGAUAACAGAAGAUGACCUGGCGCAGCUUCUAGACGUAACGGAGAGCUUGGAAGAAGAGAGUGAGAAGAAGAAGAAGAAGGCCAAGCGGAGAGAGGACAGGCGGGAGAAAGAGGAGAGAGGGAAACGGAAGAAGAUUAGCGAAGACUGUCCAAACCCAGAGAACCCAGAGGAGGAACCAAAGACAUCAGUCCGCAAACCCAUAGAACUGGACCCCACUAAGAUCAGAGUGGUUACACUCAACCCUGAGGAGCAGGUCAGGCAGAGAGAGGAGGAGAGUAAAGCGAGUCUGAAGUUCCCGUUCCAAUGCCAGCUCUGCUUCAAGGGGUUCAACUUCGAAGCCAAGCUCCAGAAUCACAUGAGCAAACACAGCCCGUCCCGCGGGCAAUUCGAAUGCAAGCUCUGCUACAUGUACCUGCCUACCCCGUACAGCUACAGCGUGCAUUCCCUCAUACACACACGCAGAUACGAGUGCCUCAAGUGCGGACGACGGAUGAUCGACCGCACCUCCAUAUUGGACCACUAUAGGACGCAGCAUGAAGGCUUGCUCACAAUGUAUACCUGUCAUCUAUGCGGAAAGGUUUCCAACAACAGCAAGACCCACCGCGGCCACAUGCGGAACCACCAUUCGGGGGAGCGGCCCUCCUGCGACCAGUGCGGGAAGAGCUUUGUCAAUAAGGACUCAUUGGCCGAACACAUACAGAUCCACCAGGGCAUCAAGAACUACGAGUGCGGCACGUGCGGGAAGCGGUUCCGAACGCGCACCCAGAUCAAGCACCACCAGCUCAAGCACAGCGACUCCAGGGAGUUCUACUGCGUCGAGUGUGACGCCAGGUUCAAAUCGGCACAUAGUUUAAGACAACACCUACAGAAGAGUUUAAAACAUAAGGAUAAACAAAGUUUAAAAUACGAAUGUCCCCGAUGCGACAAGCGCUUCGACACGGCGACCCGGCUGCAGCACCACGUGGGCAUCCAGCACGAGGGGCUCCGCCCCCACCGCUGCGGGCACUGCCCCGCGUCGCUCGCCACGCACAGCUCGCUGCUCAAACACGUGAGCACCGUGCACCGGGGGCACAGGCCCGCCAAGAGGCACGUGUGCGACGCCUGCGGGAAGGCUUUCAGGGGCAAGAGCGUGCUGACGAACCACGUGCGCACGCACACGGGCGAGAAGCCCUUCGAGUGCGGCGAGUGCGGCCGCAAGUUCACGCAGCGCACCGCCAUGCGCACGCACGUCAAGCUGGUGCACCUCAAGAUACGCAGGAGCGCCAAGAUAAAACCGGAAGUGCCGCUUGAGGUCCGCGAGCCUCCCAAGCUGGACAUGUUCCCGAAGGAAGAGGCGCCGCUCGUGUUCGACGCGUGGACCCGCCAGCCUAUGACCACCUGUGAUGUCUACUUCACCCAGCCUUAGUAGAAAGGUGACCUCCGUGGUCCAGUGGUUGAGCGUUGUGCUCACGAUCCGGAGGUCCCGGGUUCGAUUCCCGGUGGGGACAUAUCACAAAAAUCACUUUGUGAUCCCUAGUUUGUUUAGGGCAUUACAGGCUGAUCACCUGAUUGUCCGAAUGCUGAUCCGUGCUUCGGAAGGCACGUUAAGCCGUUGGUCCCGGUUACUACUUACUGAUGUAAGUGAGUAAUCGUUACAUGAGCCAUGUCAGGGGCCUUUGGCGGCUCAAUAACCCUGACACCAGGGUUGAUGGGGUUGGUAAUCCACCUCACAACCCACACGAUAGAAGUAGAAAGGUCUGAAUUGGGAUGAAGAAAGGGACUCCCACCGCAAGAUGAACUAAGUACCCACAGCUCACCGAGCUUUGUUAGACCAACGUGAUAGGUGAGCCGUAUCGCCGUCUAUAAUGGUCGAGAAAACUGUGUUAGCGAAAACUGCACUUGAGAUAAAUGGUGCAAGUCCGGUACCGGGGUUCGAACCGGCGCUCCCCGAUUGUGAAGCCAGGUGUACCACAGUGACCUCACCAACCUUAGUUAUUAACUUGAGGGGUUAAAAAGGUAACUUCUAAAAAAGCAACAUUGCAAAGUAAAUGCGCAAUGUCAAUAAAUAUCAAAUAGCAACAUUGCUUUCUUAGAUGAAUGAGGAUAAAAACUACCUAUUUCUCCCAUCAGGUGUCGCUACUGUUGAGUGUUCUUAAAUUUUGACAGUUCCCCAUACAAUUUGAGUAAAGAAACAUAAUUGUUUAGGUUAUAUUUUUACACUAUAACCUUUUGCACAUCGUGUUACUGCAAAAUCAUAGUGUUAUGUUUAUUCCCUAAAGAUCAGAUUCAGAUUCUUUAUUUGCAUUGAACAUAGGUACAUAAAAUUGGUGUUACA